AUGACCAGUGACAGGGUCCACGCUGCUUUACCUGACCCUCCCAGUCAAAAUGAAGAAGACAACAAAGAAGAGGAGAAAGCUUUUGGGAAUAUUUUUGCAGAGUUAGAAUCUGUGGACCUCCCUCUCGGAACCACAUUAAGGUCUAUUUACGAUGACCAGCCCAAUGCCCACAAGCGCUUCAUGGAAAAGCUGGAUGCCAGGAUAAGGAACCAUGACCGUGAGAUAGAGAAGAUGUGCAAUUUCCACCACCAAGGCUUUGUGGAUGCCAUCACAGAACUGCUCAAAGUCCGCACUGAUGCAGAGAAACUGAUGGGUCAAGUGACAGACACUAAUCGAAGACUACAAGAAGCCGGCAGGGAGGUGACAGCUCAGACAGAGGAGGUGAUUUGCUGUCGGAUCCAGCAGAGGAACAUGGCCACUACUGUUGAGAAGCUCCAGCUCUGCAUACCAGUGCUAGAGAUGUACAGCAAACUUAAGGAGCAGCUGGAAUCCAAAAGAUACUAUGCUGCGUUGAAAACCAUGGAACAGCUGGAGAAGGUCUACAUCCCCAGGGUCAGUCAGUACAGGUUCUGUCAGAUCAUGGCUGAAAACCUACCCAGACUGAGAGAGGAGAUCAAGGAGAUCUCGAUGUCAGACCUCAAGGACUUCCUGGAGAGCAUCAGAAAACACUCUGACAAGGUUGGAGAGACUGCCAUGAGACAGGCACAGCAGCACAGGACCUUUAACAGCGCCGUGAUGAAGCAGGCCAGCAUGGGCCACUAUGCCAAGCCUGUGUACUCCCUCAAUGGACGAACUCACACUCACAACGGCCUGAUGAUGGACGAAGACACAGGAGAUGAGGAGGAAGCAGAUGAAGAGAUUCUUACAGCUCAGGACCUGGUGGACUUUUCGCCUGUUUACAGAUGUUUACACAUUUACACUGUGCUGGGUGACCGAGAAACAUUUGAGAACUAUUACAGGAAACAGAGGAAAAAACAGGCCAGACUCGUGCUGCAGCCACAGGCCAACAUGCAUGAGACAGUGGAAGGGUACAGAAGAUACUUCAAUCAGAUUGUAGGGUUCUUUGUUGUGGAGGAUCAUAUCCUUCAUGCCACACGGGGGCUAGUGACCAGAGCCUUCACUGAUGAACUGUGGAACAUGGCCCUGUCCAAGAUCAUCGCCGUGCUCCGCACACACUCUUCUUAUUGUGAUGAUCCAGACCUGGUCCUGGAGCUGAAGAACCUCAUAGUCAUCUUCGCUGACACACUACAGGAUUAUGGUUUCCCAGUGAAUCGGCUGUUUGACCUGCUUUUUGAGGUCAGAGACCAGUACAAUGAAACUUUGCUGAAGAAGUGGGCGCUGGUUUUCAGGGAGAUCUUUGAGUUGGAUAACUACAGUCCCAUUCCAGUGGAGACUGAGGAUGAGUAUAAACUGGUGGUCAGCCGCUUUCCCUUCCAUGAUGCUGAGAUAGAGAAGCAGGACUUUCCUAAGAAGCUGCCGAUGUCCCAGUCUGUCCCUCAGAUCUACACACAGGUCAAAGAGUUCAUUUAUGCCAGCCUCAAGUUCUCUGAGUCACUACACCGCAGUUCAACAGAGAUUGAUGACAUGCUGAGAAAAUCAACCAACCUGCUGCUGACAAGAACACUCAGCAGCUGUCUGCAAAACCUCAUCAAGAAACCUCACAUAGGACUGACUGAGCUGGUGCAGAUCAUCAUUAACACCACCCACCUGGAGCAGGCCUGCAGGUAUCUGGAGGAGUUCAUAACAAACAUCACCAAUGUCUCCCCUGAAACGGUACACACCACAAGACUCUACGGCCUGUCCACAUUCAAGGAUGCUCGUCACGCCGCAGAAGGAGAGAUUUAUACCAAACUCAACCAGAAGAUCGAUGAGUUUAUCCAGCUGGCAGACUAUGAAUGGGGCAUGGCUGAGUCGGACGGCCGUGCCUCUGGAUACCUCAUGGACCUGAUCAACUUCCUGCGUUCCACCUUCCAGGUCUUCACACACCUCCCGGGUAAAGUGGCCCAGACAGCUUGUAUGUCGGCUUGUAAGCAUCUGUCCACGUCACUGAUGCAAAUGCUGCUGGACACAGAGCUCAAACAGAUCAGUAUGGGGGCCAUUCAGCAGUUCAACUUAGAUGUAAUUCAGUGUGAAUUGUUUGCCAGCUCAGAGCCCGUCCCUGGUUUCCAAGGAGACACACUCCAGCUGGCCUUCAUCGACCUGCGACAGCUCCUGGACCUCUUCAUGGUGUGGGACUGGUCCACUUAUCUGGCAGAUUAUGGCCAGCCAACCUCCAAAUACCUGCGAGUGAAUCCAGCCACUGCCCUGGCUCUGCUUGAGAAGAUGAAGGACACCAGUAAGAAGAAUAACAUCUUCUCUCAGUUCAGGAAGAACGACAGAGACAAACAAAAGCUGAUAGAGACUGUGGUGAAACAGCUGAGGAGCCUGGUCAAUGGCAUGUCCUCGUGA